AUGGGCAAUGCUUGCUGGGAACUCUACUGUCUCGAACACGGAAUUCAGCCAGAUGGCCAAAUGCCUGACGACAAAACGAUCGGUGGCGGAGACGACUCCUUUAACACGUUCUUCAGUGAAACCGGUACUGGCCGUCAUGUUCCCAGAGCGAUAUUCGUUGACCUGGAGCCCAGUGUAAUAGAUGAAGUGAGAACUGGUUCAUACCGUCAGCUGUUUCACCCGGAGCAGCUGAUCACUGGAAAGGAAGACGCCGCGAACAACUAUGCUCGUGGUCACUACACAAUCGGAAAGGAAAUAAUUGAUGUCGUGAUGGAUAGAAUAAGAAAACUGGCUGAUAACUGCACCGGUUUGCAAGGUUUCCUUAUCUUUCAUUCUUUUGGUGGUGGAACAGGUAGCGGAUUUACCUCUUUGCUGAUGGAGAGGCUAUCGGUUGAUUAUGGCAAGAAAAGCAAGCUAGAAUUUGCAAUUUAUCCUGCCCCGCAGGUGUCUACUGCUGUUGUGGAACCUUAUAACUCGAUCUUAACCACACAUACGACCCUGGAACACUCAGACUGCGCGUUUAUGGUAGAUAAUGAAGCAAUAUACGACAUAUGCCGUGCUUAUGAAAUCUUAGGUGCUGUGUUCACUGAAUACCAUUCAAUUUAUAAGAAGUCAGACGGUCACGAUUUUCCAUACUUUAGAAGAAAUCUCGACAUUGAUAGACCAACCUACACGAAUUUGAAUCGUCUUAUUGGACAGAUCGUAUCGUCUAUCACUGCUUCUCUGCGUUUCGACGGCGCUCUUAACGUUGAUCUCACAGAAUUCCAAACCAACUUGGUACCUUACCCUCGAAUCCAUUUUCCGCUUGUCACCUACGCACCGGUUAUUUCCGCUGAAAAGGCGUAUCACGAACAGCUGUCCGUCGCGGAUAUAACAAACCAGUGCUUCGAACCGGCGAAUCAGAUGGUAAAGUGCGAUCCGCGCCACGGCAAGUACAUGGCAGUGUGCUUGUUGUAUCGUGGCGAUGUCGUGCCGAAAGAUGUUAAUGCUGCAAUCGCCAGCAUCAAAACCAAGCGUACAAUUCAGUUUGUGGAUUGGUGCCCAACUGGAUUUAAGGUUGGUAUCAAUUAUCAACCACCAACAGUGGUGCCCAAUGGAGACCUAGCGAAAGUACCUCGCGCUGUUUGUAUGUUGUCAAACACAACGGCGAUUGCUGAAGCGUGGUCUCGCUUAGACCAUAAAUUUGAUCUGAUGUAUAGCAAGAGGGCGUUCGUCCAUUGGUAUGUUGGUGAAGGCAUGGAAGAAGGAGAGUUUUCCGAAGCUAGAGAAGAUCUUGCUGCUCUGGAAAGAGAUUAUGAAGAGGUGAGCAUUUCUGUCGCAAACUGUGCUUCCUUCUUAGUUGGAAUCGACAGCGCGGACAACGAAGUUGAGGGGGAAGAGUACUAA